AGGUGGAAAAAUAUUGCAGUUGUUGUUUCAGUCAAUUUAAAUUUGCGUUUUUUCGAAUCUUUUCGUGAAUAUAGCCAAAUUGGCUGGUUUUCUAGCUGUGAGAUAAAAGCAAAAAGCGUAUUUAGUAUGGGUGGUAAACGGACAAAAAAUAAUACUAAGCCUUCAAGCAGCGGUCGCAGUGCGGAGAUGCUAGGAAGCACUGUUCCUACUCUAUUUGGGUUCACCGCCUUGGAUAGUAGCAAAAUGCCAGUUGUUCCUAGUUUUGUUCAAAUCGAAACUCAUGGGGAGGAAAUUGAUCCGAAUUUGGACGACACUUUUCAAAUAGUGCUGAAAAAGAUGCUCAAAAAGGACCCCGUAACAAAAACGAAAGCAUUGCAGGAGUUCACUGACUUGAUAAGCAAAUCGGAACUGGAAGUAGUGAAAGCCGUUCUUCCGUUUUGGCCUCGUCUAUAUUCCAAUCUUUCGACCGAUGUUGAGCAUCGUGUGCGGGAGACAGCACAACAGGCGCAGGCGGCAGUUGUAGCCAAGGCUGGAAAAAAUAUAGCUCCAUACUUGAAACAGUUGGCGCCGGCUUGGAUUUCGGCUCAAUAUGAUACUUAUGCUCCUGCUGCCAGUCUUGCCGGCCAAUCGUUUAACAGUGCAUUCCCGCCUAGCAAAUUGCGAGAAGUGUUUGUGUUCUGUGAGAGUGAAAUAUUAGAUUAUUACACAAAGAACCUUACGGUUCACACAGCAAUCACUCUUAGCAAUCCCAAGUCACACUCACCGGAAGAAUGUGAAAAUAAAUAUCAACGCGUUCUGAUCUCUAGUUUACGAGGGUAUGCACUUUACGUUAGUAAACUACCAGAGGAGCAACUGCAAAAAUCGGCUACCCAGAACACACUUUUAUUAGCCAAUGCUAAGUUCUGGUCCUAUCAUAAAAGCAAAACUCCGGCUGUGCGGGCUGCAUGGUUCGAGGUGAUUUCAUCACUCCUGCAGCAUGGUCUGUUCUUAGUUGAACAACAUCACCAACAGAUAACAACUAUUGUCUUCCAAUUCAUGGAUGAAACCGAUCCAACGGUUGUGCCUCAUGUAUGGAGUUCGAUCGUAUUGGCACAAACUACAAUUCCCGAGUGGCAUCGGUAUUUAAACUUCGACAAAGCAGUAUUUCCAAAGCUGUGGAAAGUUUUGAAAACGGGUGCAAACGGCAAUGCCGCAUGCGUAUUUCCUCAUAUGCUACCUCUGGUAUCAAAAUUUAGUCGGGAAGUAAUGGGAGAUAAAAAUGACAAGUUUCAGGCAUUGUUCUUUGAAAGUAUCAACGAAGGUUUACGAGCUGUGCAUGCUAGCCGAACGGACAUUUCAGCCGUUUCUCAAGCUUACUAUGAAGUGUUGCAAUACAUUGUGAUGCAAACUGUGAAGGAUACUGAUUUGCCAGAGGACCACGUCCUACGGUUUUGCGAUACAAUGCUAGAAGAACAUCUAGUUAAAGUAAUACGAUGGUGUGUUACAACGGAGUCUUCGAGUGGAAGGUUUAUUUUCGGCAACAUAGCUUCGCUUUUGGAUUACUGGUGCCAAUACAGCUCUGUUGUUCCGAUAUACGAAAGGCUUUUGGUACAAUUUUGGGAUAAAAUGUACGAAGUCAUUGAGCAGAGCGUGAGUGCCGCAGCGGACGUAGAACAGAUUACAUAUUCCCACGUUGAGCUUAUUCAAAAUCUCAGACGGACUUCGCAUAAGAGAGUAAAUUUUAGCGGCACAGAUAUGGUUACGAACGCUUCCGGGGAAGACCGUGAAGGUAAAUGUAGUGAAAAAGAGCAUGCACAUCGUUUCGAACAACAGCUGCAGACCUUAGUCUACAAAAUUUGCCGCUUAUACAUGGAACGCAUUGAUAGCAGCCGUGAUCAGGGUUAUAUUUUGCAGCUGGAAAAUUUAAUUCGACAAUUCCAAAGCGUUGAGUUGUUUCAAUUCCUCGCUGGCGCUAAUGUGGAAAGAUCGCACGCAUUCAAUCGGCUGUUUGAAACACUUGCUGUAAACUGGCUCAAUGAUCAACAACUGCAGUCUGAGUACAUUGUGGAAAUUGUAUUGAUUUUAUACAAAUAUUUAGCCGAAGAGGAACGCGUGGCACUGCUGAAUAGGUGGAUCAAGAUAGCUAACAAAGUUGUUCAGAGUUGGUUGAUAUUAAGAGCACUUAGCCACCCGCUCUGCCAGGAUCCAAAUAUUACAAAACUUCUUACUCAGUCCGAGGUGAGUGAAAACUUGAUCCAAUGUGCUCGGGCCGUUACACAAGGCGAUACCAAGGAGAACAUGAUCUUGUUGCACAAAUGUUUUCUUAUAUCGGAUAGUGGUGACAUCUUGAUAGAUCCGGACACAUGCCGUAGUAUUAUUGAAACUCUGGCUAGCCCGUUGAAGAACGAUGGGGAGAUCGAGUUGAAGGAUACGUGCGCAAGUUUUUUGGCCCAAGUCAUGCCGGUCAUUUGCGGUGAUAGUCGACAGCGAGAGCUGCAGCAUCGCUUGUUCGUUAUGAUGUUUGAUUUUAGCGCGGAGAAUAGUGUUAGUGAUUACCUUUCAGAGGAUACUCUGUGGGAGGUAACAACUGCCUGGCAGGAUGCGUUGUCGAGUGAAGACUUGGUGUUAGAUUUGCGAUUGAUUGACGCAUGUAGAGAAAUUGUUAACAAGGAAUUGACGGUACUUUCCGAUUGUAAAACUGGCAAUUUGGAAGGAUUCGAAAAGUUAGCGGAUAUUUGCGCUAAAUUGAUGAUGUGCUCGACGGAAUCGUUGAAAAGAAAUACCGUCGAACGUUGUAAACAAAUCGAUGUUAUAAUAAGUAAAUUAUUUGGAAGCAGUUACGAUGAAAAACAGUUCAUUCGGAAUAUUUUGGAAAAAGUUUCGAUUUACAUAGAACUGCUAAAUGGUAACCUGAUUACCGAUCACGGCGAAUACAGCGGUGACUGGUCAAUGGAUGAGUUUCUGCACGCUUUGCGGACUCAAUUAGGACGAGAUUUGUUUUGCUUAAAUGUAGUGUAUAAACUCAGCUGUAGAUCAAAGAGGAAAUUAUCUUCGAAUGGUGAUUCGAAAAUGGAACAUGAUGGUGAUGAUUAUUGCGAUAAUGAGGAAGAAGAAGCCAACUUUAUUCACUGCUGGUCGGAAUUGAUCUAUGAUAAUAUAUUGUCUGUGAUAUAUACGACUGCUAUCGGUGAUACGAUUCUGUAUAGCACUAACAACCUUGACAAUGCAACGGAAAUACUAAUAAUGAGCCUACAGGAAAAAAUGUCACAGAUGAUGAAACUGUUGCCUAUCGAAAUAUUAAAACAAAUUAAAGAACGUUCCUUUUUCCUGGCUAACAAAUUUGGAUUAUUACGAGCAAAAUCACUUAUGGCACUAUUAGAGAUGGAACAGUAUUCAGAUUCGGAAAACGGAGCCGUAUUACUGUAUGAGGAUGCAUCAAAUGAUAUAAAUAGUGAAAAUUUGAUCAAUUAUAUUAAUAUUUUACAGAUUUUAUGCUGUAAAAUAGCACCUAAAUGCCUACCCAUCCUACCUAAUUUCUUUGAGAAUCACAGUGACCCCAUUGCGCAGCUAGCUGCAGCGCGUGGUUGGAUAAAGAACCAUUUCCAAUCAAAUUUCAAUGAAGUUGAAGACAAAAAAAUUAUUAGUAAUACGCUGACCAUUUUGGAUCAACUGAUAGGCAAGCAAAAAAAUACGAAAUUUUUGCUUUAUAACUGUGAUCUUGCUCAAGUGGAACCGAGCAAAAUAUUUUUAGAUAUCGAAUUCGCCAAUGUAUUGAGAGAUGUGGUCCAACAUUUUCCAACGGAGUUUGACCUGAACAAAUGGGAUUUCUUACGGAUUGCACUUAGUUCGUGGACGCUAACUGUUUCAAAAAAUCAUCAUAUCUUCAGAAAGAACAAUAUAUCAGCAUUUAUAGCAGCUAUAUACAGAUUAUUUACAACAGUGUCAAAAUUUUUUAGCGAAGAAAAGAGCAAGAGUUCAACCGCUUUGCUUACAGGUGUUAUAGAAGAGUGGGACAAUGUAUUUGCCAAGGACGUUAAUUUGGUUUUAUUGAAAACAUUUAUUAACAUUGUGAAAAAUAUGGACCAAUCGAAAAUUUAUGAUGAAUAUUUUAUUGAUGUUAUCAGCAACAACAUCGAUUCGAUUGAUUUGCGGUAUGUUCUACAGGCCAAUAAAGUUGACUCGAAAACAUCUCUGGAAGAUUUGAUAUCGUUUGCGUUGAAAAAUCUCAGCCACUGGAACGGAGGAGUACGUAUAUCUUCUGUGGCAAUUAUAAAAAAGCUAAUACCCGGUUUGAUUGAGCGCGAUUCGGAACAACUACAGCGACGAUACGAUUCUAAUGAACAGUCGCAAAAGAGUUGUAAUCAAGCCGAUGACGAUACAUGGCAUUUUUUGCAUCGAUUCAAAACAACGCUCGACGAGUAUCAGUCAACGUUAAUGGGGCUGGUUGCAGACUUUAAUCUUCGAAUCACUGAAACAGAUGAGGACAGCUCUGUAGUACAGCAACUCGGAAAGAAUCAAACAUGGGCAUAUCUAUUGAUGUGGGAUUGCUUAUUGGGAAUCUGUGCCAAAUCACCAUCAGAGUUGCGAUCGAUUUACGCCUCGUGGAUUACUAGGUAUCACUAUGAACAGGUAUUACUUUCAAUGCUAUUCAAGUUAAUGCCGGCUGAAAUUUUGAAAAAUCCAGAUUCUGGAGCGGUAUACGGGCAAACAAUGUUUGCUACAUUAGAAUGGAAUCAAAUUAAAAAUCCGAGCUUGAAACCGGAACGUUUUGCUUGUCAUCUGUAUACGCAAUCGUUACGCUUCUUACCAGCCGUGGUUCGACGCUGGUGGAAUGGCCUAAACCACCGCCAUGCGACGGUGGUGGGGAAGGUCACUAGUAACUGUGUAUCGAAUUUACUUUGUCAGGACGAGUUUCAAGCAUUGAUGGAGAAAAAGGACCGACAAGACAACAUGCAGAUUAAAGUCCAUGCAGCAGCUCGUCAGGUAAUGGCUGUCUACUCGAUCGAUGAGGCAAAAGUAGAACUGCACAUAACUUUACCGAGUAAUUUUCCGCUGGGUGCGGUCAAUGUUGAAGGUGGAAGGCAGAUUGGCGGUCGUUUGCAGUCACGACAGGUGGUGAUGCAGUUAUCUAUAUUUUUAACGCAUCAGAAUGGUUCCAUAUGGGAUGGAUUGUCACUAUGGAAGCGAAAUUUGGACAGGAAAUUUGAAGGCGUAGAGGAGUGUUAUGUGUGCUAUAGUGUAAUUCACCAGGAUACCUGCCAACUACCGAAAUUAUCGUGUAAGACGUGCAAGAAAAAGUUUCACGGCCCUUGUCUGUAUAGAUGGUUUAGUACGAGUAACAAAUCGACGUGUCCAAUAUGUAGGAAUAUUUUCUAGAACAUGUACUAUCCCUUUCUAGUAGUUACUUUUUCUCUUUGCGCAUAUACCUAUAUUUAAAGUACGUGGCAACGGUUUUAUAUAGCUUCAUUAGGUUGAUCUUAUAUAUUACCAAAUCUAGCCGGCGUUGAAACAUACUAAUAAGUUUCGAUAGAAAUA